GUGGAUUAUCAGUACAUGUAUUUGGACUUUGUUGUCAAAUUUAUCACCAUUGAAAGCCAACCAACAAAUUCAGCACUCUUAAUGGCCGCCUUAAAUGCACUCAGCUAGUUUCAGUACACUGAAAGGUGCUUCUUUAUAAAGCUGAAUCAACGGAGAUGACGACUCAUCUCCCAAGUCUACAUUAACUCCAACAUAUAAAAAAAGGCCAAUCCAUAAUAUAAACUCUUCAAUGGCAUCAUCGGGCAGAUUUUUGUUUUCAUAUCAGCGGCUGCAGAGACAUGGAGGACUCAAUGAGGAACUAGACACAGAUUUUCCCACGUUUAGGAGGUUCAAUAUCAAUGGGAGGCGGCUGAAACUUAGAAUUCCUGGCCUGAGAAGGUUCUUAAGGAAAAGACCAAGGUUGUUACAUAGGGUAAAGGUUUCUUGGAGAAAGGCUUGGAAGAGGUUGAAGAAUGGGCAAGCUCACAUCAAUGAUCUUUUUGGAGGAAAUUUUAUGGUUAUGCAGGUUAGCCAUACGCCUUUCAAAUGUGGUGAUAGACCUUACAUUAUGGGACGCCAUGCCUCUCAGCGCUUGCCUUCUGCUUCAAAUCAAAAAACUGGGAUGCAUGUUCAACCUCCGCAAUUCUUCGACUGCAAAGCCCGCCGGCUAGGGUAUUAUGAACAAGGACUUCACCGUCAAAGCCAACUCAGUGCCACGUCAAUUAGGCUUGGCUUUCCACGACAUUUGGUUCUUGUUUCCAUUAGCAUUGCAUAAAUUAUUUCAUUUGAUCAACAAAGGUCGAUGACCAUCAAUACCACGGCUACCCUCAAGAAUGGUUG